AUGGCUGAAACUGAGGCACGCCAGUGGACAAUCGUCCUGGUUCUGACCGCUCUGUUGCUUUCCCUCAUCGUCCUCUCCCAGACCCUGGCAACGUACAUCACCGCCUACCGAGUUGCUCCAGCCGAGGUCGUCUCUUUCCUUGAUGCGGUUGAUUUCUCUAUCGAGGAGAAUGAGAGCUACGACCGCGAUGUCGCCAAGGUCCAACGCCUCGAGGAUAAACUGCGCCUGGGCCGCUUGCUCCGCGAGAUCCAGAAGGGUGGCGACGACUUGCGCGAACAGAUUAACUCGAUGCUUCUCUCCGACGACACGACCACACUACGCACUCCUGCCCGCAUACUCUGGGCGAACAGGCGCCGCGAUCUCGAGGAGCGCGUCCGCAGGCUCGACCUCGUACGCAUGCGUUUUCUUGUCGUGUUUAUGGGCGUCGUUGCAGAGAGGGCGAGCGCUACGGCAGAGAGGCAGGCGGCUGUGCCGGUGACGCCUCCGAGAGACCUGGAAAAAUCGCCGCUAGGCUUCACGCCCCCGAUGAACCCGAUAAAGGCAAGCUUGACGCGUGCGCUGACCGAGGAGAUUCGGCAGAAGCCACCACUGAGGAGACUUACCACCCAGGCGCUCGGUCACCGGGAGGAUACGGUACCUGGCCACAAGUUGGGAUGGGCGGGUGUUGUUCAGGAAUUACAGAAGAGCCCAAAGAUGCACAAGCGACAUGCCUCUAUUGAGAGGUCCAUCGAACAGGAGCUGGCUAAUUCUAGGCUGAGUCUCUGA